AAACAGAUCAUGCCAGACUAAUCUCAUUGCAUUCUUUGACAAAGUGACAAAAUUAGCAGACCAGAGGAAUGCUGUCGAUAUAAUUUACUUGGACUUCAGUAAAGCAUUUGAUAAAGUACACCAUAACCUACUACUAGAUAAAGUAGAAAAAUGUGGGUUAGACAGCACCACCACCAGAUGGAUUCUUAACUGGCUGACCAACCGCACUCAACGUGUAGUCCUCAACGGAACUACAUCCACAUGGAGGGAAGUAUGCAGUGGAGUACCCCAAGGCUCUGUUUUAGGCCCAGUACUCUUCAACAUCUUCAUCAAUGACUUGGACGAGGGGAUAGAUGGGGAACUCAUCAAAUUUGCAGAUGACACCAAGCUGGCAGGAAUAGCCAACACUCCAGAAGAUAGGCUCAAGAUACAGAAAGAUCUUGACAGAUUGAACAUUGGGCGCUAUCUAACAAAAUGAAAUUCAACAGUGAAAAAAGUAAGGUUCUACAUUUAGGCCAAAAAAACAAAAUAUACAGGUACCGGAUAUAUGGUAUCUUGCUCAAUAGUAGUAACUGUGAGAGAGAUCUUGGAGUCCUAGUGGACAACCAUUUAGAUAUGAACCAGCAGUGUGCGGCAGCUGCUAAAAAAGCCAACACAGUUCUGGGCUGCAUAAACAGAGGGAUAGAAUCAAAAUCACGUGAAGUGUUAAUACCACUUUAUAAUGCCUUGGUCGCUGAGACGGACAGCCCCGGAGAGCCGCCGCAAUGCAGAGCAUCAAAUGCGUGGUGGUGGGCGACGGGGCGGUGGGCAAGACCUGCCUGCUCAUCUGCUACACCACCAACGCCUUCCCCAACGAGUACAUCCCCACCGUCUUCGACAACUACAGCGCCCAGAACACGGUCGACGGCCGGACCAUCAACCUGAACUUGUGGGACACGGCCGGCCAGGAGGAAUACGACCGGCUGCGCACCCUCUCCUACCCGCAGACCAACGUCUUCAUCAUCUGCUUCGCCAUCGCCAGCCCACCCUCCUACGAGAACGUCAAGCACAAGUGGUACCCGGAGGUCUGCCACCACUGCCCCGACGUGCCCGUCCUCCUGGUGGGCACCAAGAAAGACCUGCGCAACAACCCGGAGGCCCUGAAGAAGUUGAAGGAACAGAACCAGCUGCCUGUCACCCCCCAGCAGGGCGCCGCCCUUGCCAAGCAGAUCCACGCCGUCAAGUACCUGGAGUGCUCGGCCCUCAACCAGGAGGGCAUCAAGGAGGUCUUCACCGAAGCCGUCCGGGCUGUCCUCAACCCGGCCCCACCCAAACCCAAGAAGGCCUGCCGGCUGCUUUGAAGGGGGCCCCCCCCUGCCCUCUGCUUAUGCCCAGGCGCGCCCUCUCUGCUUGCCCAAACUCUGCUUCCUAGGAAGGCUCAAGGACCAGCCUGCUUGGAGUGCCCGCUCGGGCACGGAGCCUUUUCCCCCAAGGGGGAGCAAAGGCCCGGGUGACUGGUCCUCCACUUACGACCAGACUUCCCUUGGCUAAGAAGUGUGGACGCUAAAUAACCUUAUUUUGGGGGGCUUUUUUUUGCCACAGUUGUUAAGCAACAGGUACAGCACUUAGCCUUAUAUUCCACCCCAUAGGGCUUUAUAAUAGUCUGGGGGACGUUUUACAGAGCCAGCGUUAUUUAACAAACAAAAUAAUAGCGUUGGAAGGGACCUUGGAGGUCUUCUAGUCCAACCCGCUGCUCAAGAGGAGACCCAAAAUCUGGGUCUUCAUUUGACCGACCUCAGAAGGAUGGGAGGCUGAGUCAGCCUUGAGCCGGUCAGGAUCGAACUCCUGGCAGUGGGCAGAGUCAGCCUGCAAUGCUGCACUCUAACCACUGGGCCACCAGGGCUCCACGGUUAAGUGAAUCACUGCUGUUCAACGAAUCAGGCAGUCGUUAAGCGAAUCUGGCGUCCCCCAUUGACUUUGCUUGUCAGAAGCCAGCUGAGAAAGUCACGUGACCCCGGGAUGCCACAACUGCCUUAAAUACACACCAGUGGCCAAGUGCCCGGAUUUGGAUCAGGCGGCCAUGGGGAUGCUGGAGUGGUCGUAAGAACAAGGACUGGUCAUUAGUCACUUUUUACAGUGCUGUUGCAACUUUGGUCACUAAACGAACGGUGGUAGGUAGAGGACCCCCAUCUUUGCAAAGCUUCCUGUUUCCUGGAGGGGAUCAAGAAGAGGCGCCCAGAGGCGCUUCUCCAAGAGGCAACUGGACUUUCUUGGGUUUUCCUUGAAGACGUUUCACUGCUUCUCCUCCGAGAAGCUUCAUUGGAGCCGUAGUGAAGCAUCUACACAGAAGGAAACCACGGACGGUCCAGCUGCCUUUUGGAGAAGCAUCUUUGGGGCAACCAGGAACCUCCAGAGACGAAGAAGAUGUGCCUCUCCCUGCUCUUCCCGGGCAGAGGUGCCAAGCGAUCCACUCUCUCUCGCUCCUGUGACCGCUUGGCAGAAAAUCCGCCCCAGGAGAGGGAGGGUGAAGCGGAAGGCAGAGACCUGCCCCGGUCCCUCGCACUCGGUGCCGCCCAGCCGAAGGGUCCCUCAGACUGCAGAGGGAGGCCAGGAGGGCCUUGCAGAAUCAAAACAUGGCAGAGUUUUGGCAGCUGCCAAGCGAGAUGCCCCUUUGGCUGCCUCCUCCUCCUCCUCCUCCUCUUCCACAUCCUGUUUACAAAGGAAACGCUCCUCCGUUUUCAGGGCCGGCCGUUCUGCGCUUCCACUGUUUUCCUUUUGCGAAGACUCUGCAUGGGCUUUCUACUCCCACGACUCUCCUCCGCCGAUGGGUUGGCAGCCUGGGCCUUUUCUCCUUCGCCUUUCACUGCCAGAAGUAAUGGGGCAUCUCCUGAGCAUGUCGAGAGAGAUUCCUUCCACGCUGUCACCGAAGACAGCCGGGUUCUGCACACGCUUUGUGUCGAGUGGAAGAAAGAGGAUACGCCGGAAGACCCCAAAUCCAGACUCUUCCCACCCCCCUUAGUUCAACCACAGCCUCUCUUGGGUUCCUUGGCAUGGCCUGGCCAUUGGUCGGCUGGGUUCCACCGUCCUAGGGACUAGCAACUUGCUGGAAUGGCUUGGAAGUCAGGAUUCUCCAUGCUCAGGUAGCCUUUCGGACGUUGUGGCUCACAGCCCUCCAGGAGUUUUCUUAAUCAGAAAGAGCUCCGGGGGUCUCGCUGCCCAACAGAGGCUUCCUCCUCUUUUUGUCCAGCUCAGCACGUUCUGGAGCAGCGGCCUCGUCAGCCUUUGGCCUGGAAGACUUGGGGGGGUGGGGGGCUCACCCUGUGGUGAUUUUCCUGCACCAGGGUCUUUUUGUCACACACACACAAACACCCCCAAUAAAGGUGGCAACUUC